AUGGCCAGUGACAUCCAGCCCUACACCAUCGCCGUGCCAGACGAUGCCUUGGCCAAGCUCAAGGCCAAGCUCGGCGCCUCUGUUCUCCCGCAACGUGUCGACUUUGAAGACGAUUGGGACUACGGCGCACCCGCCGCCGACGUCCGUCGCCUCGCCGCCUACUGGCGCGACGGCUUCGACUGGCGCGCGCAGGAGAGGCGCAUCAACCAGCUGCCGCAGUACACGACACCCAUCGACGUCGACGGCUUUGGCCCGCUCAACAUUCAUUUUGUGCACCAAAGGAGCGCACAGCCAGGGAGCAUCCCGCUGCUCUUCUGCCAUGGCUGGCCUGGCAGCUUCUUGGAGGUGGAAAAGAUACUUCCUCUGUUGGUGGGAACGGCCAAUGGCGUCUCGUUUCAUGUCGUGGCACCGUCGCUGCCGAACUAUGCCUUCUCCGAUGGCCCUGUUAAGAAGGGCUUUGGGCUUCGCCAAUACGCCGAGACUCUGCAUAAGCUGAUGCAGAAGCUCGGCUACCAGAAAUACGUCACCCAGGGCGGAGACUGGGGAUACAUGAUUACUCGCCGCCUAGGCGCCGAUUUUCCCGAGUCGUGCGUCGCCUCUCACGUUAACUUGGCUUUUCGCGGGCCUCCUACGUUCAAAGAAACGCCACUCACCUGGCUGCGGCACGCGCUGACACCGUGGUCCGCCGACGAGAAAAGGGGCCUCGCGCGCUCCGCCUGGUUCCGCGAGGAGGGCAUCGGCUACAACAGCCUGCAGAGCACCAAGCCCGCGACGCUGGGCUUUGCCUUUGCCGACUCGCCCGUGGCCUUGCUGGCUUGGAUCUACGAGAAGCUGCACGACUGGACCGACGCCUACCCCUGGACUGACGACGAGGUCCUGACGUGGGUUUCGCUGUAUGUCUUCUCCAACGCCGGCCCCGAGGCCAGCGCCCGCAUCUACUACGAGGCCAAGCACGCCCCCGAGAACGCGGCCAUCACCUCAGGCUACAAUGCCAAGGUACCCCUGGGCAUCUCGCAGUUUCCAAAGGAUCUCGUCGUGAUUCCGAGGCUCUGGUCCCAUGGCCUCGGGCCUAUAGUAUUUGAAAAAAGGCACAAGGAUGGCGGGCACUUUGCGGCGUUUGAGCGGCCAAAUGAGCUGGUGGAGGAUCUGCGGACCAUGUUUGGGCGCAAUGGUGGUGCGUUUGCUGUGACCAAAGCUCUUGCCAAACUUUAA